AUGGCGCGGUAUUUAAAAGACUUCAGUGUGUCUUGCAAAUACUCGUGGGAUGAGUUACAGGCUCUUGGUCGGAGACAGAAAUGAGUGUGCAAGCGGCUGGCUGUGACUGAGAACGACUUCAGUGACUGUGUGAUAGAUUACCUGUGUAAUUAUAGAGAAAUUGAGAGUCAGGAGUUUUUCCUGGUAAAAGGGAAAGAUUACUCUGAGUCAGAGAACACAUGAGAACCACACAAAAUUCUCUAAUGCCCCGGACUCCUCCAGCAGGACAUGCGUUUAGCAUUACUUCAUGCUAAUAUACCUCUGGACUUGAGCUCACUGGAUGCCUCUGCAGUUUCCUUCAUCUUCCAGAGGGCCAAGCAGCAUAUGAAACUGCAGCUCGAGGAGGAAGAACUGAACUGAGUCUGUCAGCACAAGGGUAUCAGGAACGACGUGGACCUGGACGGCCCUCCCAAAGCAGUCAUGUACAUCAGCGGCUAUAAGGUUGGGGGAAGGGUGCAGCUCAAUGAAGCAGCAGUAGGACGUGAAUGUACAGACUGUAUUAAAGCGCCUGUAGACGGCCGCUGUGCUGGAGUAUCAGAUAACCCUAUAGCAUAUAAUGACAGCAUGCAGGUGAAAAUCAGGCCCGGUAUGCCCAUCUAUGAGUGUAACUCACUGUGCCAAUGCGGGAUAGACUGCAAAAACGGAGUGGUGCAGAGGGGCAUUCAGUAUGACUUGUGCAUUUUUAAAACGGCUAAUGGAAGAGGCUGGGGUGUGUGCACACUCGAGAAAAUUCCCAAGAAUUCUUUCGUCAUUGAGUACCUUGGGGACGUCCUCACUGCAGAGGAAGCUGAGAGAAGGGGACAGAUGUAUGAUCAGCAGGGCGUCAUCUACCUGUUUGACCUGGAUUAUGUGGCUGAUGUGUUUACUGUGGAUGCUGCCCACUAUGGAAAUAUUCCACACUUUGUCAACCACAGUUGCGACCCGAACUUGCAGGCGUAUAACAUUUUCAUCGACAACUUGGACGAACGGCUUCCUAGGAUCUCUUUCUUUGCGAUAAGAGCAGGAGAGGAGCUCACUUUCGACUACAAAAAGACAAUUGAUGAGGUAGAUGCAGAAAGCACCAAAAUGGACACAAAUUUCAGCCUCGCAGGAAUGCUGGACAAGCCUAUCAGUCGGAUCCACAUGGAGUGCAAGUAUGAAGUACAGAACUGCAGGAAAUACCUGUUUUAGGCCUGCCUGCAAAAACUAUUUGUCCACCUUCUUUUCAUGUUUUCCUCUCUACAAAUACCUCUGGUGUAGUUUUUUUUUUUAUUUACGUAAUAGUUACCUUUAAGAUAAACUACAUGCACUUUUUCAGUGAUGGUGAUAGUAGU